GAAAGAAAAAUCUGACGCUACACGAAACUUCAGGUAACUUCUGGUAACAAUAACAUGUAAAACCUGCGUUACAGGAAAUUUCGGUAAAGGUGUUGGUGGUGGCAGCGGUGGCGGCGACGCUGAAAGAGGCGACAGGGAAUAUAAGCGGUGGUAGCAUGCGGUACGACUUAGCAGGUAAAGGUGUCUCUCUCCCAGAUCACCUGGUGUGGAGAAACGUUAUGGUGCGGUCUAAUAUCCAGUGCGCCUUUCGAGCGAACAUAGCUGGGGUGACGGCAUUUGGGGCAGUGACGGGAGGCGAGGUACCAGCUGAGGGAGUCCCGUGUGUGAUGGCCUACCCUGACGCAGCCUCUCCCUCCCUGGACACCCUCCUGGCCGCUCCUGACACACACGCCGUCUGGAUGAUACAGACUGAACUUCCGGCCCUGGGCUUAGAUGACACCACCACCACCGCCGCCACUACUCCUACCACCUCUACUAUUCCUCUCACUACACCCACUACAGCUAUUCCCUCUGCAACUAUCCCUACUACUCCCUCUCCUUCUACUACUACCUCUACCACUACAACAACCUCCACAAGUACAACCACAAGUACAACAGUGAGCUCUUCGUUCGCUGAAGGAGACUCGUGCAGCAGUGAGGGCGCCUACUACCCCGACCAGGUGCAGUGCAAUAGCUUCCUGCGGUGUGACCAGGGGAUCAUCGUCAAAUUCCAGUGUUCUGGGGAUCUGCAUUGGUUCCAGUCCCUCCUCACGUGUAACUAUCCCGAUUCAGCCAACUGUGUGGAUGAUGACUAAGUGAUGACUCCUGGAGGGCGCCUCGCCACCACGCCCCUUACUGCCAGAAUAUGCUACACGCCUCUUGUAUAGACUUUGCUUAGUGGUGUGGUGACAUGCGAGCUCCUGCACAUCGGAAGAGGAGUGUGACCAGAUCCUACAUCUGCCCAAACAAUGUCCAGAGAUUUAUAUUGAACUGGUAGUCAAAACUGAGCCGUGGAAUGUAAUUUCUAAUAAUCAAUGUAAAGAUGAAUUUACAAGCUGAAUUUCAAAAUGCGAGGCUUUCACAGAACAAGACCACAUAAUAAAACAAGAGCCAGGUGUACUGCUAAUCAUUUCCAGAAUAAAACGAGAGGCAGGUGUACUGCUGAUCAUUUCCAAAGUAAAUUCCUGUGUCCGGAAA